UGUUGCCAUUUCUAUAGGGAGAGGUUGCUUUUGGCGUCAUUUUGUUACUUGGCUUUGGGAGUGUGCACAGUCUUUGCCAUGGCAACUGACAACAAACCACGGGCCUUUAACCCACCUUCGGUGCCAGAGCCACCGCCAACCUACUCUCAAGUCUGCGUCACGCCUAUACUCCCUUCAUCGGUGCUCAUAACCCUAGCCGGUCAAACAGGUCUUCAGAAAAAUGGCACGGUUCCUACUGGUAUCAAGGAGCAAGCAAGAGCGGCCUAUGAAACCAUCCACAAGUGUUUAGAAGCUGCCGGUGCAACACCGCGCGACAUUAUACACGUCCGCCAUUACAUUGUCAAGGAGACGGGUGAUCAGGAGCAGGACGCAAAAGACGUCGUGGAUAGGGGUUGGGGCGAACUAUGGAUCGAUUUUAUGAAUCGAAAUGCUGAUGGCCAUCUUCCUCCGGAUACAGUUGUCGGAGUUGCUAGUCUGGCGAAGAAAGCGCUGUUGUAUGAGUGUGAAGUGACGGCCGUGCUCAACCGAUAAGAGUAUUUUCCUUCUGGGAAAUGGGAUUUUGAUGAGAUUUGCAGAAAUCUAUUUGGUCUGAUUUAUGUCACGACCAAACAGUCUUGUAGAAGAGGUCGGAUUAGGCUCUACUUUCCAUGUGAGCUUACCGGUACAAGUUUCCCAUAGACUUGGUGUAUCUACUACCACACUAAACAUAUGACAGUCG